AUGUCCGAAAACGCAUACAACGCCUCUGAACCAGUGCUCAACGAAGAUCCACAAGGAGACGAUGUUGGCAGCCUUGCCCCUUCCGUCGUUCUCCCUCGUCCGAGAUCCAAGAAUACGGCUGGGAAGGCGCCCUAUUAUUUGAAACCGUCCAGGAAAACCAAAUUCAUUCACCGCAGCAGCUUUCCAAAGCUUGAACAUCGCCGCCGAGAUCGUCAACUCGCGGCUCGUGCUGCUGGAUAUGCCGCUAUCGCCCGGACCAAAUAUAGAAGCGUUGUCAGUCGCCUUCAGCAGCUCAGUAACACCUUUUUCGAUAUCGACGAUGUCCUCAACGACGACGAUCGCGAUAACACUGACAAGCUCAACCACAUUUCAAUGCUUAUUCAAAACGAGUUGGGAGCUGAUUGCAUUUGGGAUUCCGGUGAUUCUGACUGCGCUUCCUUGGGUGGAAUCCCGUCCGACAGCGAGUAG